UGGAGGCAAAAACUUAGUGACGGUACAUGAUGGCAGCCUGGACUGCGUGGAUUCUCCUGAUGUGCUCUGCCCUCACUGGCCAUGGGUCAAAGGCUCAGGAUUGUGGAGAUGCACCUUUGAACACAAGGAUAGUGGGUGGCGAGAAUGCCACAGCUGGAUCAUGGCCCUGGCAGGUCAGCGUGCACCUAGAUGUCGCAAGGUCUCACAUCUGUGGGGGGACCCUCAUCAGUGACCUGUGGGUGCUCACAGCAGCUCACUGCAUCAUAGUAAACCGAAUAGAUGCAUGGACUCUCUACAUAGGAAGAGAGACCCAGGCUGGCCCUAAUACUCAUGAGGUGAGCCACACCGUGUCCCAGGUCAUCAUCCAUCCUGACUACAACAAUACGCUUUUCAACAAUGACAUCGCCCUGAUGCAGCUCAGCAGCCCUGUCACUUUCACCAACUACAUCAGACCUAUCUGCCUGGCGAGUAACUCCAGCCAGUUUCACAACGCAACCCUCUGCUGGGCCACUGGUUGGGGCAGACUUAAGAAGGAUGAACCUCUGCCAGCUAAUCGACCACUGCAGGAGGUUCAGGUUCCUGUCAUUGGAAAUAAUCAGUGCGCUUGCAACUACAUCCCAGAAACAGAUGCAAACAUCACUGGCAAAAUGAUUUGUGCAGGACAAGAGAACAAAGGAGUGUGUCAGGGGGACUCUGGUGGACCUUUGCAAUGCAAACAAGGUGAAAAGUGGGUCCAAGCUGGCACUACCAGUUUUGGAGUACCUUGUGCCCUGGCCGAUUUCCCUGAGGUCUUUGCACGAGUGUCUGAAUUCCAGACUUGGAUCAUGGAUCAAGUAGCGGGGGCGAAGGUUGGCUUUGUGACAUUCACUUCAAGUGGCACCGACCCAGACAACAGCUUUGUGUGUCGCACCUCAGUUUCUGGAAACAGGACGGCUUCCACAGCUGGAACUGAGCUUACAUUUGUUGUCAUCUUAGCGACAGUGGUACUGCAGCACAUUGUAGCUCUUUAGAGACUCUUAAGCUUUUGCACUCACAGCUUCUAAAUUGUUCUGAUUUUCAUUGAUCUUCUAAAUCAUUUUACAGAUUAUACUUACAUAUAACCAGUGCUGGGGGGUAACCAAUUACAUGUAAGUAGUUACAGUAUUUUAUUUAAAAAUAAAUGCAAUUACACUAAACUGCAAACAGUUACAGUUAGUGAAAAAAAUGUAAUACAAGUACAAUGACUAAUCAAAUUUUUUUGUGAUUACAAAGGGCUUAUAUUUACAGUAAGCAGGUUCUCCUCCACAGAGCAAUGUUGCACCUCCAUUUAUCAAGAGCUCAUUAUCCUUUAAGAAAUGUAAAAGGAAAUUAUGUAUAUGUAUAUUUACACACAUGAAUAAGUACGUAUGUAUCUGUCCAUCCCUGCAUCUGCACGUCCGUCCAUCCGCCAACCUACCCACCUAUCCAUCUAUCUAUCUGUCUGUCUAUCUAUGUGCAUUGUGCUCAAUGUUUUUCUUCGUUUUCACAAAAUUAUUGUUUACUGACUGGUUAUUACUUAUUCUGCUCGGUGUGCUUUAGUCAUUAGUCAUUGCUUAUAGUCAUUUAUCGUUUUUUGUAUUUUUCCGUAUAAGUUUAGUUGUUUUUUCCCCCCUUUUUAGGAUUACGAUUUGUUUUUCUUCUUAAGUUAAGGGGAGAUCUGUUUGUAUAAGCUUGUAUAUACUUGACCUCUCUCCUGACCUCCUCCUAUAGUUUUUAUGUGUGUGCAAAUAAAAUAAAUUAAAAUCAG